AUGGACAUAAAUGAGUUUCGUGAGUUUGGAAAAGCAGCGAUCGACUUUGUGGCGGAUUAUUUGGAGAACAUAAGAGAUAGGGACGUCCUGCCUUCAGUUGAACCUGGCUAUCUUCAUGAUCUGCUUCCCAAGGAAAUGCCCGAGCAGGGUGAUGAUUGGAGAUCAAUCAUGGAAGAGUUCAAGCGUUCGAUCCUACCCGGACUAACACAUUGGCAGUCGCCACAUUUUCAUGCAUUCUAUCCAUCGCAAACGUCUUACUCGUCGAUUGUGGGCGAAACUAUUGCUGCUGGUCUCGGAGUUGUCGGAUUCAGCUGGAUUUGUAGUCCAGCAUGCACCGAACUGGAAGUCAUCAUGAUGAAUUGGUUAGGGCAGCUGCUGAAUCUACCAAAAUGUUUCCUGAACUGUGAUGAAGGAAACGGCGGAGGUAUUAUCCAGGGUUCGGCAAGCGAAUCCAUCUUUAUCGCAGUUCUUGUCGCACGAGAGCAAGCCGUUCGAAGAUUAAAGCAGGAACGGCCAGACCUAUCAGAAGCGGAGAUCCGUGGCCGACUGGUGGCGUACACCAGCGAUCAGAGUAAUAGUGCUGUGGAGAAAUCGGGUAUUUUGGGAGCUAUUAAGAUGCGUCUGCUGCCAGCAGAUUCUGAUUGUGUGCUGAGAGGAAAAACCUUGAUGGAUGCGGUCGAAGAAGACAAGGCUAAGGGAUUGUUUCCCGUCAUAAUGGUGGGUACACUUGGUACCACCGGUACUUGUGCUUAUGACAAUUUAGAAGAAAUUGGACCAUACUGCAAUGCCAAUCAGAUCUGGCUUCACAUAGAUGCAGCAUACGCAGGAGCAUCCUUCUGCCUUGCGGAGUAUGCUUGGAUCAAGAAAGGAAUCGAGACCGCGGAUUCACUGAACUUUAAUCUGCACAAGUGGCUAUUCGUUAAUUUUGACUGCUGUGCCAUGUGGUUCAAAGAUGCUGGAAAGAUUACCGAAGCGUUCAGUGUUGAUCGUAUAUAUCUGCAGCACAAAUUUCAGGGCCAAAGCAAGGCACCUGAUUACCGCCACUGGCAGAUCCAGCUCGGCAGAAGGUUCCGUUCGUUGAAAGUUUGGAUCACUUUGAAAACUAUGGGUGCUGAAAAGAUACGCGAUCUGAUUCGCUUCCACAUAAGUCUAGCGCAGAAAUUUGAACAAUAUGUUCGUAGUGAUGAAAGAUUUGAGGUCACUUCAUCCACACUGGCACUGAUUUGCUUUCGUGUUAAGGGAGAAGAUAGUCUCUCGAAGCAGCUCCUGGAUAACAUCACUCAACGUAAGAAGAUUUUUAUGAUACCUGCCACGUACCAAGGAAAAUUUAUCCUUCGAUUUAUGAUUGCCGGUAUCGACCCACAGCCAGAGGAUAUCGAUUAUGCCUGGAAGGAGGUAAAAACACAAACCGACCUACUGCUAGGUGUCGAUGAUAAUGGAAACAAUGUCACGCUGAAAGAUCUGGUGAACCAUGAGGUAUUUGAAAAGGAAAAACCGAUUGAAAAAGUUACGGAAAGUCUGAGCGGGCUUUUAAUAGCAAAUGAAAAAGUUCAUUAA